GGUUAGUGAACUCGUCCAGUUGGGCCCCAGUACGACGUAUCAUGUAUGAGGAUUUCCACCCCUGAAUUACGCACUCCACCGUCCACGAUCUCAGUAUUGACCCACCCAUGCAUUUUGGGAAUGUUGGAACAAUUUAUCUUUUAUUCCUGUCCUUAAACUGAUAUACUACCCUGAGACUCCCAAAGUAUGCAACCUCGCCUCCACUACGGCGACGUCGCAUAGGAGAAAAGCAAAGCCAUCGCCGAUGGAUGGGUUCGCCGGUUUCUUGAGCCCGAUGUACUACAUCCAGUUGGCAAUUUCUUGCUCAGACACCAUCGUCCUGGCGAGGCGGACGAAUUCAGUUUUCUGGGGAAAGGCGCAUACAACAUCUGUUUCCAGAUGAAGUACAAGAAUGCAAACACUGCUGUAAUCCGUUUUCUCCAGCCAGGUGCCACCAUGUUUCCUGAAGAGGAAGUCCGGAAUGAAGUCGCUACCAUGCGAUACAUCUAUGACCAGACUUCGAUCCCCGAGAGUCCUCUGGGACUAGGUCCGUUUAUUAUCUUGGACUAUAUUGACCAUGUUACAAGCAUGUAUGAUGUUCUUAACACGCCUGGGUGCCCAGAGGAAGAUCGUGGAAUCCUUGAUCCCGAUAUGAGUAAGAUGAGAUUAGAGGCUCUUUACGGAGAGGUCGCCAGGUCGCUAGACCAGGUGGACGAUUUCGCUUGGGAGGUGACACGUAGAGCUUUAUCAAUGCCUAUGAAUGCUCUGAUUCAACUGGGAUCCUUACCCCAAGUGAAACUACCGACCACGACAUUUGAUCGCAUCAUCAUACUUUGA